AUGAAAGAAUUAAAUGAAGGCCCAGUUAUCGUAAUUGAUGGCCAAACAAACGUAGAUUUGGAAUCAGAAAUAAAGGAAAUUUAGGAGGAGAAACCAAAGAACCAUCCAUAGAUUCCUCGAAAACCUGGAAAAUAUAUAUUGACAAAAGGUGACAAAGUUACAGUAAAAUUUGCAAAGGGUCUAAUCCUAAGCAACCUUAUUGGAUUUGUAUUUUUAUUUGUUGGAUGUGCUAUCAUCUAUACAACCCUUAAAUUAAAUUGGUAUGACGAAAUGCUAGUGUCCUUUUAAAUCUUUAUUUUUUCAGAUGUCCUUUUGAUAGGAGAAAAGAUUCUGUUUUUCGCAGCUUUGAUAAACAAAAAGAAGAUAGUUAAAUUAUGCCCAUUUCUAAAUGUUCUCUCAUUAUUACUGAAGAUAGUGGCUAGUGGAUUGAUUGUUCAUAUGAUUCCUUGUGCAUUGGCAGUUAGUCUCGCUUUGAUGUUAAUAUAAAUGCCUCAUAAUAUCAUGAUUAAAGUGAUCACAAAAAGAUGGAGGAGCAUCCCUGAAAGGAAAUGGAAGAAGUAAUUAGUGUUAGUUAGAAAGCCAAUCCCUUAAAAAUGAGGCUGUUAAUGAUGUAAUUUUGUUUAUAUUUUCUUAAUUUAUAAUAUAUUCUC